UUUGUUGAUAAUCGAUGCAAUAGAUUGAAUAAGAAUAGUAGUAAACUCAGGGAAUUUUUAAACUGAGACCUGAAUUAAUAGGAAAGAUCUUCAAUUUUCUAGAAUAUAAAUAGAUAUUAAAAUUAAGAUGCUUGAGCAAAAAGGCUGAUUAAACAAUCUAAGCUGUUUUAUCAAAUAGAUUGGAUAAAAUAAAAAAGCAAGUUGAAAAAUUUCAACUUGAAAUGUAGCCAAUUAAGGAUUAUGUUUUUGGAGAAUUAGCUGGAGAAUUAAACAAUGAAUUCAUGACCACAAGAAUGAAUAUAAUCAAUGCUGUAAAUAAAAUGGAUUUUUAAUCAUAAUAAUUUAAAGAUGCAUUUGAAAAGAAUCCUGUAGGAAUAAAAAUUUCUGAAUAUCUUAAAUUAUUAUUUAAGGAUAAUUAUGAAAGUUUAUGGAGAUUCAAAGUCGAAGCAAUUUCAGAGGAAUAAUUUGCAUAAUUACAUUCAAUAUUAGAAAUUGAAAAUGAAUUAUAAGGAAGUCCAAGUCUUUGUUAAGAUAUGUACAAUGUUUUUUUAGAUAUUAUCAGGCUUCGAUCUAUGAGAUUCAUGAAUGGUAAAAAAUUAUUAUUAUUUAGAAUGGCAUAAAUAAUACAAAAUUGAUAUCAUUUGUGAUGAAUGGAUUGAAAAGUAAUGUUAAAUUGAAGCAAUAUUGGCUCGUAUCAGGUAGACUGAAUUAGAAAAAGAAUUUCAAGAUAAAUGA